AUGUUCUACUGCGUAGUUUUUGCUAUUAUUAUAACUGCUGUGAAUGGUAAACCAACAACAUCAUUGAAAAAUGAACCAGAACGUUGUUGUAUACCAACACAAUUCAGUUCACAAUUAAGUACAGCAACUAGUAUGGUAUUUCCAGAUGGUACUACAUUCGCUUCAUAUGCAUAUUAUAAUUUUUCAUAUGAUUCAGAUCGUGGUCUAGUUGGAAUGAAAGGUGUAUCAUUUUCGGUACCAGAUCAACAGAAAUCAGAUGUAUGGAUAAUUGAAAAUAUGAAUGAUGGACAAAUUUAUGUCAUAGAUGAAGAUGCAAAAAAAUGUUAUAAAUCAACAAUGCCAAUUAAACCAUUUCAUUGUAUACCAGAUACAGCAACUUAUGUACAUUCAUUUACAUAUGGGUAUGGUGACAAAAAAAUUAUUGGUGAUACAUGGCGUAUACAAAAGGACGAAGCAGUAGAUUAUGCAACAGUUAGUCGUGAUGGUCGUUGUAUUCUAUUGACUGACAAUACUUUCUUUCAAAACCCUACUGUGGUAGAUGCAAUGACAACAACAGAUUUUGUAGCACAAAUUGAUGAUCCAAGUAUAUUUGAUAUACCGGCAGAAUGUAAAAAUGCCAUUUAG